UCGUAAGUCGUGACGCAAUCAAUGAUAAUACAAACGCAAUGACUGUCAACACAAACAAUGGAUGACUAUUGCGGUGAUAAUAACAGUGACGACACCAUCGAUGGUCAACAACAACAAUAUCAUAGUCUUGAUGGUUGGGUAGCCUUUAAGGCAGACCUCUUUGCCAAUGAUCCGACACAACGAACACAAAGACUACGCUUUUUAGUUGCCGUCAAUCACUUGGAGGAUACCAUUGGCAUCACUUGUCUGGAAGACACCCGACGGGCUACAGAUAAGAGAAACAAAUCAAUGGCUGUAUCGCUCAGUGCUGACCAAUUAGUAAACAUCAAUAAGCAGUUAUCGCUAAUCCGUCCGCCACUCGACCACUAUUUUGAACCGAUUGGACAACUGAUCCAAAGUCGCGACGAAUCGAACUCGAGGUUAUAUACAUUGAUUAUGGGUUUCAUGGGUUACAUAGGUUUCGGUCAUAAAGUAGAAGAACUAAAGGAAGAGAUAUGUGACAAAAUUAGACAAUAUUUAGAUAUAGCGCUAACACUUUGUGGUCAAAAACUUUUGUUUACCAUUUUAUUUGACGUCGACUUUCUAAGUGAUUAUGAAGAAGACAAUCAAGAGCUGAGACUAAAGGGUUACGAAAAUUUGUUGAACACUGCUAUGAAUGAAUUGAACGAAGUUUUUGAAUUAAAAACAAAUGUUGAGACACUUCUUGAGAUGAAUACUAUAUAUACAGUUGAAGAUAAAGCUGUUUCUAAUGUUAUCAUUGCUUUGGAAGAGUUAUACAAUUUUCAAUUACAACCGUUUCGUAGACUAAGAGAAUUGGCCCACAAUUGUAUUAAAACUAAUGAAAAGUUAAUAAAUAGUUCAGAAGUGGGACAAAGAGUCAAGAAUGAGGCAUUGGCUGAGAUAACAGAAGCUAAAUCACAAUACCUGACCUCAUCGGAAGCCAUACAACAACUCUAUGACGACUACUAUCGUAAAACAGUGGAUCUGAUAUCUGGACAAACAGACAGAAUGAGAUGCGAUCAGAAAAGGUUUGGCAAAACAGCGUUUCGCGUCAAAGGAUGUCUGACUCGUCUCUUAUCAUUAGAAGUGUUUGUCAGUCAAGAAAAACUGCAACUUUUGAAUUCAAUUAAAGCGACAAAAGUGUUUCAACGAAAUCAAUUGAAACAAGAAAUUAAAGAAAAUGUUUGUAAGAGUGAAAAGAAAAUACUUUUAAAUCAAUUGAUGGAAAUGGAAAUCAAUUGCAUUGACAGUGAAUUAGAUAUACUGUUUGAAAACGAAGUGCUCAUCAAUAAGAAAAAGUUGAUUAUAGAGAUGGAUAACAAACUCAAUGAUUAUAAUGAAGAGUUUUUUGAUACCGCAGAGGAUGAGGAACAGCUUAAAACUAUUAGUUUAAUUCAAGAACCGAAUAAAAUAUUGGAUCACAAACUCAUAGCAUUUAAUUCGGAACUCAAAGAGUUGUUUCAAAAGAGAGCUAAUUUGAGAAGUAAAAGGAAAUCAUUGAUUGCUAAAAGAGAAGCCAAACAAUCAAAUGAAGUCAUUGUUAGAGUUAGUGAUGAAAAACAUAAUAAAUUUCAACACAAAAGUAAUGUCAAGAUAUCGGUAAACAAAGACAACGAACAAAAGUUUAAUGAAAUGAGAAGAAAAACUUUGGAAAGACUUCGGAAUUAUAAAUUGAAAGCAUUGCUCACAGAAGCCAAAGAUAAUGAUAAUAAUGACGAAGAAGAACAACAAUCACUUCCGCCAUAUCCUAUGGACACUGGUUUGCGGGCCAAAUGUCAGACAUUGGAUUUGCCACAACCGCCGACCGAAACUGAAAUCUCUAUCACUGAGGAAACGCCUAAAUUUGCAGUUAAUUUAGAAAUUUACCCAAACUUACCAAUACCUCCACCAACACCUAUUCCGCCCGCUUUACUUCCCCCACCACCACCUCCUCCUCCUCCACCACUAUCACUGUUUGCAUCUCAAACAACAUUUUCGAGACCUCUUUUAAAAAGUAAUAACUCAAGAGUUGAACCGAAAACAGAAACAAAUAAAAUCGGAUUAAUUGAUUUGAAUGAUAUUUUAAGUGUAAGAAAUAAACUUAAACCCACUUCACAGAGACAACAAUCCAAUGAUAUGAAUGAAAACAAAUCGAUGGCAACAUUGGAAGCAACACUGGGAGCGGCCCUUCAAAAGAUGCGAAUAUCUAUUAAAGGAUCAGAUGAUUGUCAUAAUAAUAACGAUUCGGAUUCUAAUGAUUUUGAAGACAACGAUUUUGACAAUUAGUUUACUUUUCAAUAUAUAUUUGUAGAUUUACAUAUUAAUUUUAAUGUUUUAAUAAUAUUUUAAUUAUGAAAAAAAUUCUAAUAAAUAUUAAUUACCGGUAAAUGAUUUAAAUAAA